CCUGAGCAUUUACCUUGGUCUGUUCUUCUGUACCAAAAUAGCAGACAAGUUCAUACAUAAUAUUAUAGUUAUUAUAAUUACCACCGUAAUACUGAGAAAAAUGAAAUUCCUAAUCCUGAGAAAAUUAAUUAGGAGCUAAUCUGACUAGAGUUUAAUUAGACGGUGUGUUGACUCACCCAGGAGGUCCCAGUGCCACCGCAUGCGCAGGUGAACGUCAAAAGCGCAUGGUAUCCUAACCUCAAUGUGUCCAUAUUCAAAACAUUAAUGUUCAGGAAUUAAAAAUGGGUUACAAUAAGUUCAAAAACAAGAACAAGGGAGCACAAGCAAAAGUUAAAUUGUUUAAAAAGAAACAAAGAACACCGGAGAGUAAAAUAAUCGAGGAGCUCCAGGCUCGUUACGAGACGAUCGAUGAACCGAGUAUCAAAACUUUUGAGGAUCUUCCUUUGUCUUCACAACUCCUCAAAGCCCUGAAGGAGCACAAUUUUAUCGAACCGACAGACAUCCAGAAGCAGAGUAUUGGCCUUGCUCUCCGGGGGAAUGAUAUCCUGGGUGCUGCGAAAACGGGAAGUGGAAAGACCCUGGCAUUCCUUAUACCAGUCCUAGAAUUAUUAUACUGUCAACAAUGGAGUCGCGAGCUGGGCCUGGGCGCUCUGAUAAUCACCCCCACUCGAGAGCUCGCCUACCAGAUCUUCGAAACCCUGAAGAAGAUCGCCAAGUACCACAGGAUCACCGCUGGCCUCGUAAUAGGAGGAAAAGACCUGAAUCAUGAGAAAAACCUCAUGGAUCAGUACAACAUUAUAAUCUGCACUCCAGGACGAAUCCUCCAACACAUGGAUGGAAAUAAAUUAUUUCACACGCAUAAUCUCCAGCUGGUUGUACUCGAUGAAGCUGACAGGUGCCUUGACAUGGGCUUCGAACAAACAAUGAACGCAAUCAUCGAAAAUUUACCCCCGGAGAGGCAGACACUCCUCUUCUCGGCCACUCAGACUAAGUCGGUGAAGGAUCUCGCCAGGUUGAGCCUCACAAAUCCCAUGUAUGUUUCGGUUCAUGAACAUGCUGAACACUCAACCCCUGAUGGUCUUCAGCAGAGUUAUGUGGUGGUUAAGCUUGAUGAGAAGAUGGCUAUGUUGUGGUCAUUUAUCAAACAUCAUUUGAAACAGAAGUCUAUUAUAUUUCUCUCGAGUUGUAAACAGGUAAAAUACACAUACGAAGUCCUCUGCAGAAUGCGUCCAGGAAUAAGUCUGAUGGCCCUGUACGGGGGUCUCCAUCAGCUGAAGAGAACUGGAAUCUACGAGGCCUUCUGCAAGAAACAAAAUGCAGUUCUUUUCGCAACAGACAUAGCAGCCCGAGGUUUGGACUUUCCAGGUGUGAAUUGGGUGGUGCAGAUGGAUUGUCCAGAGGAUGUAAAUGCCUAUAUUCACCGAGCAGGCCGAACAGCCAGGUUCCAGACUGGAGGGGAAUCACUCCUCGUUCUUCUUCCCAGUGAGCUGGAGAUGGUGCAGAGACUUCAGGACCGAAAAAUUCCCAUCAACGAGAUCAAAAUUAAUCCUAAUAAACUACAUUCACCUCAUGUUAAACUGGGAGCACUUCUGGUUCGUGAUGUAGCUUUGAAGGAGACUGCUCAGAGAGCUUUCGUGGCUUACGUCAAGUCUGUGUAUCUCAUGAAGGACAAGAAGAUUUUUAAUGUUCAUGCGUUGGAUACAGACGCGUAUGCCAAGUCUCUGGGCCUCGCUAUUCCCCCGAGAAUAAGAUUUCUUCAACGACUGCAGAAGAAUAUUGAGCAGAAUAAAGAAAAAAUGGAGAAGAAGUCGAUGAAUGAAGCAACAGUGGAUGAUGAGGAUGAGGAUGUAGGGAAGAAGCUUGAGAGAAGUCGAAGGGACAGUGACGAAGACUCUGGGAACGAUUCUGAGGAGGAAGGGAGGGAAGCUACUGGAGAUAGUGAUGAUGAGGAGGAGGAGGGGAUGGUUAGCAAGGGGAGUGGAGCUGGAAUGUUUGGAGGGGAUGACAGUGAUGAUGAGGAUAUUCUGACGAUUAAGAGGAAAAAUGUGGAGAUCGAGGGCGAUCUUGAGGUGGAGGAAGAGGAGGACAAGGUGGAGGUGGAGGGGAAGACCAAGAAGAAGGCACUGACUAAAGCUGCUGUUGCCAAGAAACUGAUGAAGAAGAAGAUUGUCGCCAACACUAAGAAAACCUUUGAUGAUGAGGGACAGGAAAAAAUCGAUUCAUCAAGAUCCAAAGUCUCCGAAUUAGCGCGUGAGUACGAAAAUCAAGAAUCGUCAGGCAUAGACAUUGAACUAGCGAAGAAAGUCCUCCAGGAAGAGGAUAAAUUCGAUCGGGAGCGAUUCAGAGAAAGAAUUAGGGAGAAGCACAGAGAUGAAAAAAGAAAAUUGAAAGCCCAGAAGAAGAAGGAAGAGGAUGAAGAUGAGGACGAGGAUGAGGAAGAGCCUAUGGAGUCUGGAGAUGAACCUCAAGGGUCUGAAGAAAGUGACUCUGAUGGCCCUGAUUUGUCUUGGCUACCAGAUCCAGACAAAAUUUACGGCCCCAAGGCUUCGUCCGAUGAGGAAGAUUCUGAAGACGAAAUCGAACAGAUCCACAGACCCUCGAAACGAAAAUUAGUGACUCAAGAGGAGCAUGACAAGAAGAACAAUAAAAAACGGAAAAUCAAAGUGACCGAGAAGAGUGACCUUUUAGCUACUGAGGAAUUAGCUCUUCAGCUACUUCAGAGAUGAGAUUUAUUGUUGAAAAAUCUAGAAUAAAUUUUUAUGACAUGAAA